AUGGCGGAUUAUCGCAGGCCGAUACCGACCGGGAAGGAACUACCCCAGUCUGUGACGUCUACGCCCAGGGUCCGGCUAAGCUGUGAAUUGUGUCGCCAACGGAAGGUAAAAUGUGACAAGCUUAAUCCCUGCACGAAUUGCCAGCGUUUCGGCGCUACAUGUGUUCCUGUUGAACGGGCGCGACUGCCGCGAGGCCGGUCUGGCAGGGUAACGGGAAAGAAUGCCUCUGGACAGGACACAGGCUUGAAAGACCGUGUGGAUAGACUUGAAGAGCUACUCCGAGAAUUGACUGAACAUGAUGAUGGCACCAUCGCCGCACAGGUCGGAUCCAGUAGCUCGGGCAGUUCAGAUCAAGCGCCUGCCAACAAGAAAGCAGAUAAGUCCGAGCCUGGGACGGAGAAUUCGCUUUGGGCGAACAUUUUAAAAGAGAUACACGAUAUACGCGGCACUAAGAGUUAUGGCUCAACCAAUGAGGACCGUACUUUCAACAGUGAUGCUAUGAAAUUUAGGAAGCUUCUUGCCACACCAAGGGGACUUGGUUCGUCAAUGGCCACUAAAGAGCCAAUUCUCACGAGACAGGCCGAGAGAAACCUAGUUCAGGUUUUUCUAAAGAAAGUUGAUCCAGCCUUCAAAAUUCUACAUGCCCCCUCAUUGAAAGCGUUUCUACUCGAUGGCAAACCCUACCUCGACUAUGAGCCGGGACAUAUGGCUCCUGCCGCACUUUCGUCUGCAAUCCACUUUGCAGCAGCAUGUAGCGCUACGGAAGAUGAGAGUAAUGAUUUACUUGGCUGUAACAAAGCCUGGCUAGUGGCACGGUAUCAGCAAGAGUCAGAGGCAGCUUUAGCAAAAGCGGACUUCAUGACCAGCAAUGACUUGACUAUCCUGCAAGCUUUUGUUCUGUUUCUGCUAGCUUCGCGGUCUCAAGACUCGAGUCGACGGGUCUGGACUAUGCUGAGCAUGGCCCUUCGUAUCGCCCAAGCACUUUUACUUCAUCUCCCUGAGCUACCGUUUCCUGUACGGCCGUUCGAACGUGAACUGCGUCGACGUCUAUGGACCUACAUUGGCCUUCUCGAUAUACAGUGCUCCUUGGAGCGCGCAUCGGAGCCCAUGAUGCAAGCGAAAUGGGUGGACUCAAACCCACCCUCAAAUGUCAACGAUUGUGACAUAUUUUUCGGCAUGGAUGGCCCAGUACAAGAAUCGGAAGGUUUCACAGAGAUGACCUUCGCAUUGAUGACCCUAAAAGCGCAAAACACCGUUCGGUUGCUCAAUUUCUCAGACUUCAUCGACAAAACCGUGAGUUGUGUCAACAAACGUCAACAGCUCGUACUCGAAUUCCAAGAGACAGCUUCAAAGCUACUCCAGAAUUCCCAACCCGACAAAAUUCCGUUCCACUGGUACACCAGACAGGUAGCCGAGAUCAUAAGCGCCUCCUUACAACUAAUCGUCCUCCGGCCAUUACAACGAAACGCGAAGUUCAUCCCUCCCCGCGUUCGCGGAGACCGUCUCCUCCAGAUAGCCGUCGACGUCCUGAAGAAGUCGAAAACCAUCCGCAACGACCCAAGAGGCCAGUCAUGGCGAUGGUGCGAAUUCAUGUUCGUCCCAUGGCAUUCACUGGCCGUAGCCAUUGCCGAACUGUGCGUCUGCGAGGACCACUCCCUAAUGGAAAGUUUCUGGGGCCCUGUCCGAGAUGCAUACGAGAACCUGGGCGACCUAAUCGCCGAUUCGCGUAGAGGGAUGAUCUGGAAACCGAUGGAGAAAAUCAUGGCGCAAGCAGAAGCAAAACGAAAUGAACUAUUAGCGGUAUCGAAUGUCGUCUCAUACCCGACGCAUUUUCCUGGAACUGCUGCUCCCUUACAAGUGCCGGUUUGCUCUCAGCGGAGUAUGCAACCCUCUGUGGCGUUGACGGGGGAUAUUAUCCCAAACACGGGCGCUUAUACUGAGGCUGUCCCUAUUGUGACUCUUCCAGAGACGGUUGAGCUUGGUCCUUGGCCGAGUGUCUGGGAUGCGGUUGAUUUUGGGUGCCCGGUAGCUACCAAUGAGAUGUCUUGGCUGAACUAUGAGAACUUCAUUGAGGACGUUUAUGAAACUAUGGACUAUACCCUGCUAUCCCAUUGA